AGAUCUGCGUGUGAACAAAACAAGAUGAGGAAAAAGCAAAAUGGCGUUUGAUGGAGAAGACGUUAUUGUGGUUAUGAUGAUAUUGUGUUCUUAACCAACACGUACAUAUCCAAACAUAUGCUGUUUUUUAGAGUAAACAUUGUUAAUAUUAAUAUUUGUGUUGGAAACAUUAGCUUGAGCGCACUCAAUCAGUCAAUGAUGCUUCCCCGUGCUAGCUUAGCGUGCUAGUUAGCUUAGCAUGUUAGCCGCUAACAAAGAGAGGCGGAAGUUAUGAAAACACAUCGCUAAGCAGAGAUCAAGUGUGAGUGUAAAGUGUUGUGAUUGUGUGGAAAUGUGCGAAAGGACGAUAGCAGAGUACGAGGAGGAACUUUGUCCAACAAAAGAGGAGAAGGAGCGACAACAUCAGAAACAUCAAGUUGUGUUACACAGAACAGACCAGCAGUCCCCCCACAUUAAAGAGGAAGAGGAGGAAGUGUGGAUCACUCAGGAGAAAGAGUGUCUUAGAAAACAGGAGGAGGCUGAUCUCACCAAGUUUCCACUGACUGUUGUCUCUGUGAAGACUGAAGAGCAUGAAGACAAACCACCUGAGUCCUCACAGCUUCAUCACAGUCCAAAUGUCUGUGAAGAACAUAUUCUCCCUGAGCAGCAGGAGUGGACCUCCAGGAUGGAGCAGGAGGAGCCACAGCCCCCCUACAUUAAAGAGGACGAGGACCCAGAGCUGCCUCAAAUCAAAGAUGAAGAGGAGGAGUCACAGCACCCCCGCAUUAAAGAAGAAGAAGAAGAGGAACACAGUGACUAUCUUGAAGGACUGGAGGAGGUUGAUGUCACCAAGAUGCCAUUGACUGGUGUCCUUGUGAAGAGUGAAGAUGAUGAGGUCAAAGUUGAGAGUGAGGAGAAGAGAGAGGCGGAGCCUCCAAGCAGCAGCUCAACAGAAGCUGAUGGAGACCACUGUGGAGGAUCACAAGCAGACAAGCUCUUAGCUCCACUAUCAGAUAGUGAGGACACAACGUCACACUCUCCUGACACUGAUGAUGAAGACUCUAAAGAUGAUAAGACAUGUCACACUGACAACACACACCUGACGUGUCCUCACUGCGACAAAACGUUUAAUUACCAUUGUCAUUUGAAAGUACACAUGAGAAUACACACCGGAGAUAAACCUUUUAUUUGCACGGAAUGUGGCAGAGGUUUCGUAAGUAAAUAUGUGCUGAAAGGACACAUGCGACUGCACACUGGCGAAAAACCUUUUUCUUGUUCAAUCUGCGGUAAAGGUUUCACUCAAAAGCCACAUUUAAAUACGCACAUGAGUACGCACACCGGAGAAAAACCUUUUAUCUGCUCAGAAUGUGGCAAAGGUUUUGUCAAUAAAAGUGUGCUGAAAGGACACAUGAGAAUGCACACUGGCGAAAAACCUUUUUGUUGUUCAGUCUGCGGUAAAGGUUUUACUCAAAGGCAAUAUUUGAAAACGCACAGGAGUACACACACUGGAGAUAAACCUUCUUCCUGCUCAGUAUGCGGCAAAAGUUUCACACGAACGAGUAGUUUGAAAAUACACAUUAGAGUGCACACUGGAGAAAAACCUUUUACUUGUUCGAUCUGCGGUGAGGGUUUUGCACAAACUAGCGUCUUGAAGAUACACUUGAGAUCGCACACUGGAGAAAAACCUUACCUUUGUUCAAUCUGCGGCAAGCGUUUUACACGAACCAACGUUUUGAAAUAUCACAUGAGAGCGCACACUGGAGUAAAGCCCUUUGCUUGUUCAAUCUGCGUUAAAGGUUUUACACGACCGAGCGAUUUGAAAAGACAUAUGAGAACUCACACCGGUGAAAAACCAUAUCCCUGUGUAAAAUGCAACAAAAACUUUAGUGUUAAAAGAAACCUUGUAAAACACAUGAUAAUACACACUAGAGAAAAGUGUUGAGUUGCAGUGUUUGUCAUUUAAGAUUCUCUUUUAAGUACCAGUGUAAAUAAACAGGUGUGCUGGUGAGAACAGCAGCAGCUAAUGAAGGUGUAAGAUUUAAAAUAAACAUUUUCAGCACAUAUAACAUGUGUGACAUCAUUGUUGUGUGUGUAACACAAUCUUAUUAAUAUUAUGACACUCAGAGAUUAGAUCUUUUAUUUUAGUGUUUUCUUUUCGGUCAAGUACAUGCAUUAACAACAUUGUGUACUUUAUUGAAAACAAUAACAAAACAGUUUGACUAAAAAGGUGAGAGUUAACAGUACAAAACAUGUUACAUGCAUUUUUUUUUUAAUUUUGUAAUAAUUCAUAAUUCACCUUUAUACUUUUUUAUGUUGGUUUUUGAUACAAUGAAGUGUUUCAUGUUUUAAUUUAUAAUUGUAAAUGGUUACAUAGAUGAACUCCUUUAUAUGAUAUACAUAUUUGUUUUACAUGUGUUCAUACCUUUGCUUUUGAAUACUCAUAAAUCCCUCUUAGUUCAUAUUUACUGGUUCACAUCUAAAACAUCUUCUGGAAGCAUAUUAUUAUUUACUUAGUACAUAUUUGAGCAGUUGUGUUUUAUACAAGAGCAUUUACUUUUAAAAUGUGUGACUUUAUGAAUGAUUUGUUGGGCUUCAAUAGUCCAUUCUAUUAAUCAUCUUUAUUACUGUCUUUUUUAAUAUGAUUAUUGUUGUAUAUGUAUGUCCCCAGACCUUUAUGCAAUAUAUACAUGAAAUAAGAUGGCAGAAUUCUGCCUGGAAGGUUAUGAACAAUGGUUUUGUUUUUCAGAAUCUCCAUUUGUGAAUAAAAAUGUACCUGUAACAAUUAUUGUGUUUAAAACAUUUUCAUAUUUUUUUCCUCUUUCUUAGAAUCCCCAAAACUAUAUCAAUUUAGGAAAACAUGGGCACAUUUGGAAUGUUAUGGAAAGCAAUAAUGUACAUCAUCCCACAGAGCUUUACUGUACAUACAU